AUGUCAACCAAAAGCUCUUGCCAAGAAUUGGACCUUGAGUCUCAAGAAACUAUCACUCCAAGAGACCGUUGGCGAAGGGUUGUUUCAAAGUUACUAGAGCGAAAUCUCAUACCAAAAGUUGAUGAAUCUAAGAAAGUUUCUCAUUCUCUAGAGAAAUUAGUCUCUUCAUGGACUUCUUUUGACGUUGACACUAAAUUAGUCAAUGCUGGUGAUGGUGGCAACCAUGAGUCUCAGAAAAUUGCCUUGCCAAUGGCAAGCAUAUCUCCAGGAAACCUAAAGGAGCUAAAUCUCAUACUGAGCGCAGACAAAGCAGAGAAGGAUGUGGAAAUAUCAUCUAGAUCACCUCAACUUUCCAUAAGUGUAGAUUUGGACUGUGAGAAUGACAAUGGUAAUAGUAAUGUAAAACUCCUACAAGCAAACAUUACCAAGCUCGUAAAGGAGAAAGACUUGGAUUCAAUACAGAAUUUUGGAGGCAUCCGAAGAAUUGUAGAGGCUCUAGGUAGAGAUUUAAAGAGGGGAAUCCCCAAUCUUGAGCAAGAUCUAUGCUCUCAACGCAUGGCAAGCACAGUCUUCCUAGCACCAGCUCCUACACAAGGCUUCUUCAAAUUCCUCUUAAAAACAUGCAAUAAUUGGAUUAUUUUCCUUCAAUUCGUUUAUGCAAUGUUGUUACUUAGCUUUGGGAUCGUUAUGGAAAGCCCGGUUGGUUGGCAUGAAGGGAUCAUCACCAUUCUUUUCAUCAUCAUGUUUGUGCUUAUUCAUUCCUUUCGGGAAUUCUGGCUUGAACGUUCGCAGAAGAUGUCAAGAAAGAAGAAACCAUUGGAAAUGCAGCAAAUGCAAGUGGAUGUUAUUAGAGGGGGAUGCUUACGGAAAGUAUUCAUCUCAGAUGUUUUGUGGGGUGACAUAGUAUGCCUCAAGAUGGGAUCUUUGGUCCCUGCUGAUGGUUUGCUCAUAUCUGGUGAAUUCUUAGAACUGGAUGAUGGUUUAGACUGUGUCAUUAAUGACAAAAACCCAUUUCUAUUCUAUGGUCCAAAGGUGAUCAAUGGAAAAGGUCACAUGCUAGUUACAUCAGUGGGUACGAACACAGUAUUGGGUGAGUUAUUGAACCUGCAGGUUACCAAUGGCAUCCUCGACAAGACCCCAUUACCAGCACAACUUGACAAGCUGAACACUGGCACACAAAUUGCAGGGCUUUUACUCUCCAUCCAGAACCUGGUCGUGUUGUUCUUCCGUUUUAAGCUUCAAAAGAAAAGUUUUCACUUUAACCUCCCAGACCUCAAGGGGAAACCAAUUGCAAGUAAAGAGAUCAUGGAUGAGAGCAAGAAAAUUGUCUUGAAACCAAAUGGGAAGAUCAGUACUUUGACAGCUUCACUUUUUACGUCGCUGUUAGGAGUAACAGAAGGGAUACCAUUUGUGAUCGCCCUCGCCAUUGGUUAUUGGAAUAAGAAGAUGCUAUCUGGCAAGGCCAUUGCUCAAGAACCAUUGGCUUGUCUCACCAUGAGUUCAGUCACAACUAUCUGUAUCAACAUAACUGGUUGGCUAACACUAAACCCAAUGGCUGUUGAUGUGAACUGGAGCAAGACAAGAAAAGAAAUAGAAGCUUGGCUAAAUGCUGGAGUUAACAUCAUACUGAUUUCAGAUGAUACUGUCUCAGUAUUGGAAGACAUAGCUCGCAAGUGUGGACUACUUCCCGAUGCAGAUAGAUUGAUUCUUGAGGGUGUAGAUUUUCGAAAUUACACCAACGAAGAUCGGAUGGAUAAAGUGGAUAAGAUUGUCUUAAUAGGAAGUUCAAGCUCUUCUGACAUGCACCUUCUAGUGCAAUGUUUGAAGAAAAAAGGUCACAUAGUAGCAAUGGUUGGUGUUAAAACAAAUGUGAUUCCUGCACUAAAGGAAGCUAAUGUAGGGAUUACGAUAAGCACCUGCAGCAGUGAAAUGGUUAGAGAAAGUUCUGACAUCAUCAUCAUGGAUAGCAAUCUCAGUUUCUUGGUCAGUAUUUUCAGGUGCGGAAGAUGUAUUUAUGACAAUAUUCGCAAGUAUAUGCAACUUGAGCUCACCAUGAAUAUAGCAGGGCUGUUGAUAACCUCUAUCACAACAAUGUUUUGUGGAUAUUCUCCAAUUACAGCAAUCCAAUUCUUCUGGGCAUACUUUGUUGUUACUCUUCUAGGUGGCCUUGGAUUAUUGACUGAGCCACCAAUAGAGAAACUGAUGGAAAAACCACCACUGGAACAAACUGGACAACUUAUAACUAUGGACAUUUGGAGAAACGUUGUCAUUCAAGCUCUAUAUCAAGUUGUUGUCUCAGUAGCCUGCCAAUUCAUAGGGGAAAUUGUGAUUAGCAUAAGCAAGGAGGUUAGUAAAACCAUGGUUUUCAAUAUUUUUGUCCUCUGCCAAGUGUGUAACCUUAUUAAUGCAAGACAAGUGGGGAAGAAGAAUGCGUUUGGGCACUUUCAUCGUAACCCACUGUUUUUGUUGGCUGUGGGUGUUAUUCUGGUUCUGCAGGUGGCGUUUAUUGAGAUUGCACAUAUUCUUGUAGACGAUGCAAGGUUGAGUUGGAUUCAGUGGUUCGUUUGUAUCCUAAUUGGGAUGGCUUCAUGGGGUAUUCUCUAUUGA